UGCAAUCUGCGGUCUGCCGUUGGUGAUUGUCUUAAUCCAAUUAUUUCACUGCAAAAUGCCUUGGACCCUUGAUACAGCAUCGAGGCUCCUCUUCUGGUGCGGCCUAAGCUUCCUUCUGGCCGGAGUCUCCAAAGUAUUGAUUCCAUUGUCCUUUUGGGUGAUCUUCUCCGGGGCAUUUUUGGUUCUUGGAAAUCUCUACUUGCUCUUGGCCAGCUUCGAGAUAACAACAACCGGAAAGGCAGUGCUUGUGACCGGAUGUGACACGGGAUUCGGCCACGCGCUCGCACUGCGCCUCGACGCCCUGGGUUUCCACGUCUUCGCUGGAUGCUUACAAGCGAGUGAAGAAGGCGCCCGGAAUCUCGCAUCUUCGGCUUCAUCUCGUCUGCGUGUCAUUCAACUUGACAUCACGAAGGAAGAGGAGGUCAACGCGGCCUUAAAGGAGGUCAAAUGCCUCUUGUCACCGGGAGAGGAGCUAUGGGGUCUGGUAAACAACGCUGGGAUCUCCACCUUUGGCGCCGUUGAAUGGACGUCUCUGCAAUUGUUUCGAGAAGUCGCCGAUGUCAACCUCUUCGGCCACAUCCGGGUCACGAAGGCCUUCUUGCCACUGAUAAGGAAAUCUAAAGGUCGGUUAGUCAACGUUACCAGCGGAGAGGGACGUUUCACUGCCCCGUGUGUGGCCGCUUACGAGUUGACCAAACACGCCAUGGAGGCCUUUUCCGACUGCUUAAGACAUGAAAUGCAACGAUUUGGCGUUCACGUCUGUGUCAUUGAGCCAGGGAAUUAUACAGCAGGAACGAAGCUGAAUACAGCAGAGCGCGCCAAGAGGCUGGCUGCGUCCCUUUGGUCCGCCAUGACAGAUGAAGUUCGACAUGCGUACGGAAAGAACAACUUCGACCAGGUUGUCUCAUCAAUGGAAAGUGUCACUAAUACGGGGCUGGUAGACUUGACGUCGGCUGUUGACGCAAUGGCCAAGGCUCUAACACAGAGGUUUCCACAAGCAAGAUACACGUGUAUGGAUUCCAGCCUGUAUAUCAGAGCACUGGUGGCCCAACACAUGCCGGAAUGGAUUUACGAUUUACUCUAUGUCAGUGAAGUACGAAAUGUUUGGUAUAACUGAGCACCUAUGAUUGGUAUUGGAAUAAAGCUUAGAGUAUUUUUAC